AUGGCUGCUACAAAACGGCUAAGGAAAGAAAAUGAAGAGUUACGAAAUGAUAUUAGCGAAUUACAGAAGAAGCCAGAUAAAAUCACUGAAGAAAUGUCGAAGAUAAACGAUAAAACUGACCAGAUUGAAGGCGGCCAUGUUGCGAAGGACCGAGAAAAGUCUAUACAGUUUGUAAGCGAUCAAUACGACGACCUUGUCUCAUUCAAAAACAAUACGAAUACGGACCUUAAAUAUAUAAAAUCGCAAGUUGAAAUCAUAUCCACAAAAUGUGAAAAAAUUGCAAAAGCCGUUGACCAGCUGGAAGAUUACAGUUAUCAGUAUAAUUUAAAAAUUGUUGGCAUACCGCAGGAGCAAGCAACUGAAACGGCGGAGCAGACGGAAAAUUUAUGUCUUAAUUUGUUUAAAGCUAUUGGUGCUGAUGAUGUGAUCCUUCAAGAUAUCGAUAUAGCACAUCGCAUACCAGCGAGAAGAUCUACAGACCGUCCUAACGCAAUAAACUGCAAGUUCGUUCGCCGCCUGGCAAGGAAAAAGUAA